AUGGGGCGACGAUCAACAUCAACUACUAAAGGCGGCCGUUACAUGAAUCCUACUGAUCAAGCGCGCAAAGAAGCGAGAAAAAAAGAGUUAAAAAAGAAUAAGAAGCAACGAAAAUUUGUGCGAGAAGCUGUAUUGAGGAGUAGGAACCCUAAAAGUAUACUUGAAGAAAUUGAAAAACUGGAGCAACAAGAAUUAGAAGCUGGACUGACGGCUGCAUCAAACGAUAAACCAUUAAAAGAGAAAAGGAGAAAAUUGAAAGAGUGUUUUGAUAAAACUAUAAAACUGUUCGAAAAGGAAGACCCUGACCGAUAUAACGAGUACAAAAGGAUGGAACUAGAAUAUGAACAACGGCGAAAGAAAGUAAUAUAUUGCUAUGAAUCUAAGCGCAAAGCAAUGGCUCUUCCUUUAGAUGAUAUUCCACUUCCUGAUACAGUAACCGAUAACGACGUGCUCUCUGAUGAUAUUCCUUUACCAGAAGAAGAAUAUGAGCUGAGUGAUGAACUAGCUACCGAAACGAAUAUCAAAGCUUCUAAUGUAAGAAGUGCUGACGCUGAAGAUCAUGAUGACAGUAAUGAUGAUGACGACGAGAGCUCUAGUAGCGAUUCCAGUGAUAGUACUAGCCCACUCGAUGAAGAUCUAUCAAAUAAAGUUUACGAUGAAGUUCAAGGAGAUCCAUCCAGUAAGUUUCCACUGAGCUUUGAUGAUAAAACAAGCAAAUUGAGCGAUAAUAACGCUGGGAGAAUCCCAACAAUUAUUCCUGGUCCGCCAUCACAUUUCUUGGCGACGUUAUCGCGGCCUCCAUUCAUGCCACAAAUACCUCCAGGUCUCCCAAACCGCUUACCGCCUGGCCCUCCUCCUGGACCUCCACCUACUAAUAUAUUACGGCCUGGAAUGCCUCCACCAAUGGCCACUUUUAUGAGAAAUUCACAACCAUCAUUAACUUUACCAGAAUCGGCAACUCCUCAACCAUCUACUACUAGCAAUACUGAUAGAUCCGAUGAUGCACCAAUAGACCUCAGUUGUAAAAAGAAUUCAACAAGUGCAACUAUUAGUGCUAAGCCUCAGUUGCGUAGUAAUACAUCUGAAGUAAAAAAAUUUGUUCCACUGUCACUACGCGUUCGUAGAGAUCAGGCUAUAAAGCAGCAAGCGAUGAAACCAAUAGUCCAAAGUAGUAUUUCUACUAUGCCUGUAGCUACCUUGAAUCAGUCCUCAAAAAAUUCCAAUAAGUUUUCUACAGAUGUAGCAUAUGCAGACUUUAUGAAGGAAAUUCAAGGCCUUUUGUAA